AUGGUUGGAUUGGAACUCAUACCGAUAGGUACAAUUUUGGCUGUUCUAACCAGCCAUGUUGUAAGAACAGCUAGUGCGGCAAAAGAUGUUCUUAUCGACAAAGAAAGUUUUAACGUCCUUUCGAAACACCUGCUUGAUAUUGCACCAGUCCUAAAGGAGUUACAGCUUCAGGAAUUGAAUGAGUCACAGGCUGCAAGGGUUGCUCUGGAGUCUCUUGAAUCAGAUGUAAAACAAGCAAGUAAUUUGGUCGAGAAGUACAAGAACACCGGUCGUUUUUACUUACUUAUGAAGUGUCGUUACAUAGUCAAGGAAGUUGAACAAGUCAUUAGGGAUAUAGGAAGGUCUCUAGCUGCAUUGUCUCUUGCAAAUACUGAAGUCCUAUCAAGAAUUUCUGAUCAAGUCAACAGACUACAGAGUGAGAUGCAAAGGGCCGAGUUUGAGGCUUCGCAAUCUCAGCUUGACAUUGUUGAUAAGUUGAACCAUGGAAUUAAGGAGCAAAAACUAGAUCAGGCUUUUGCAAACAAUAUGCUCGAAGAGAUAGCAAGGGCAGUAGGGGUGCCAGUGGAGCCUUCAGAGAUCAGCAAAGAGAUAGCCAGCAUUAGGUGGGAAAAAGAAGAAGCUUUAAACAGGAAAGAAAGAGCAGAAGUUAUAUUUUUGGAGCAGAUCAUUUUGUUACUCUCUCAAGCUGAUGCAGCAAGUGAUUACGAAGAAGUUAAGAAGCAAUAUUUUCAAAGGGUUCAGGUAAUAGAGGGAUAUGGUUCAAAGGAAAAAUAUAUUCCGCCCCUUAAUUCUUUCCUUUGUUCGAUAACUGAAGCUGUUAUGGUAGAUCCUGUCAGUCUUUGCACCGGUACUACAUGUGAGAGAUCUGCCAUCGAAGCUUGGUUUGAUGAUGGCAAUAUGACUGACCCAGAAACUGAAGAGGUUCUUGAAGAUACUACCUUAAGGUCAAACAUCCGGUUAAGAGAUUCCAUAGUAGAGUGGAGAGAACUUAAUUACUGCUUUAGAAUAAAGUCUAUCAGGGAAAACUUAUUAUCUAAUUCUGGCUUAUUAUUGCAUGAGUCCUUGAGUCAGAUGCAGACUCUCAUAAGAGAGAAUUCAAUUAAUAAGGAUUGGAUUUCUAUAGGAGAGCUUACUGAUAUUAUCAUUUCCAUCCUUGGGAACUCUGAUUCUAUAGAUGUCAAGAUGAAGAUCUUGAUUACUUUGAAGGAUGCUGUUGAGGGGCAUGCAAGAAACAAGGAAAAAGUGGUUGAAUCUCAAGGAUGGGGUAACAUUAUUUCAUGCUUACACAAUGACUCUAGAGUAAUAAAGGAAGCAAUUGAUUUGCUCUAUGAGUUGCUUCAAGACCGUUCUGGUUGGAAUAGAAGUUUCUGCAAAAAACUUUCUGAGCAUCCCAGCACAGUUCAUUACCUUGUUACCAUUCUAAAGGGACCUGUCAGCGAUUCAACUGCGAUUGCAGAAAAGAUUUUGACGGAGCUUUUUGAAAUAGAUGAGGAAAACAUUUCAUGUGCUGCUAAGUUUGGCUGGUACAAAGCACUUGUUGAUCGCAUGAUUCAAGGAUCGGAGUCUUCAAGAAUGUCAAUGGCUAAAGCUAUAAUCAAAUUGAAUUUGGAAGAAUCAAAUCUAAAACUCCUAGGCGAGAAAGGAGUUAUACCUCCUUUGCUAGAAAUGCUAUCCGGAAGCAUUGAAUCGAAAGAAUUGUCAUUAUCAUCAUUGCUCAAACUAGCAGGAGUUCAUGGCAAUAAGGGAAUUAUUGCUGCAUAUGGAGGCGUCCCUAUUCUUCUAGAUUUAACGUUCUCCCUUCGGACACGGGCGUUCAUUAGCAUUAAAUGCUUUGAAAUCCUUGAGAAGCUUUCUUCUGAUGAUGGAAUUCGUUUCUUUGUUGACGGAGAAGGGAAACAACUCGAGUUAGAUAACAUUAUCACCAAUUUGCUAGCUCUGCAGCAGCUUCCUAACACAGCUAAGUACUUCCGUAAGCCUGCAUUGCGUGCUCUUCUUGGCAUUUGCAAGUUUGAAACAGGUUUAGUUAAAAAGGCUGUUCUGGCAGCUCAUGGUGUAUCACUAAUUCUUCCCCUUCUUGACCACUGUGAUUCAGAAAUCAGGGAAACUGCCAUUAGUCUUCUCUUUCUUUUCUCGCAACAUGAACCAGAAGGAGUUGUUGAAUACCUCUUCAGGCCUAGAAGACUUGAAGCUUUAGUCGGGUUUCUUGAGAGUGACGAAAAUAAUGAUGUACAAGUAGCUGCUACUGGUUUACUAGCUAACCUUCCUAAAUCCGAACGAAAACUCACUAUGCAAUUAAUUGACUUAGGUGGCCUUGAUGCAAUUAUUAACAUUUUGAGAAAUGGUACAAUGGAAGCAAAAGAAAAUGCUCUCAGUGCACUCUUUAGAUUCACAGAUCCCACGGAUAUCACGUCACAGCGCGAUUUGGUUAGACGGGGAAUAUAUCCUUUGUUAGUAAAAUUUCUCAAUACUGGUUCAAUGACAGCAAAGGCAAGAGCAGCAGCAUUCAUUGGUGAUCUUUCCAUGAGCACUCCAAAGCUCACAGUUGUUUCAAAACCAACGUUUUGCAGUUGUUUUCGAUCAUCACAAGCUCCUUUAUGCUUGGCACACGGAAGUGUUUGCAACGUGAAUUCCACAUUUUGUCUUUUGGAAGCAAACGCUCUGCCUGGCUUGAUCAAGCUGUUACAAGAGGAGGUUCAUGCAACUGCUUAUGAAGCUAUACAGACACUUUCCACAUUGGUUAUAGAAGACUUUCCUCAUAGAGGAGCUCGCGUUUUGCAUGAGUCAAAUGCAAUGAGACCGCUAUUGAAAAUUUUGAACUGGGGAAGUGAUUCUCUUAAAGCAGAAGUUCUUGGACUCUUGGAGAAGGUGUUUGUCUCAAAGGAAAUGGUUGGAUAUUAUGGAUCAACGGCUAGAUCACGUCUAUUCCAUCUCACUGGGAUGAAUGUUUAUGGGGACGGCCACCUGAGGAGAAAAGCUGCCAGGGUACUGUCAUUGCUGGAACGCUCGUCGAGAUCGUCAUCACAUUUAGUCACGGGAGUUGUGUUGAGUGAGAAUCUACGCCUAUGA